AUGUCUCGAUCUGCUACUACUACUACGACGACUCGUAAAAGUCGGCUACCCCUUUCGGCUUCGCCACCGCCAAUGGUGCCGGCUAUUCCAGCAAAUUACAAGCGCCGAAGCAGUGCAGCCAACAGCACUGGUAGCUCUUCAGUCUCGUCUUCCAGCACCAAAGUAACAUCCUACCCUAUCCCCAAAUACGAUCACAUCAAGAGCAAGGUAGGCAGCAAGGAGAACAUUAAGCACAAACCAGCACCACCACGUGUCUUGACGCGUACAAAGAGUUUACCUUCCUCAAACAGAAAACCCGACUAUAGUCCUUCCUCUCCUUCUCUUCCUGCUGUUUCACCACGUUCACCCGUAUCGUCUACCAUGUCAUCCUCGUCUUCAUCCACGUCGUCCAAAAACAGCCAUGUAAAGUCCAAAGUAGGCAGCUUGGAUAAUAUCAAACACAAACCAGGGGGUGGCAAUGUCAAGCUAUUUGAGCAAAAGGUGACCUACAAUGCACAAUCCAAGGUUGGCAGCAAAGACAACAUCAAGCACAAGCCUGGUGGUGGCAAUGUCAAGUUGUUUGAGCAAAAGGUGACAUACAAUGUCCAAUCCAAGGUUGGCAGCAAGGAUAACAUCAAACACAAGCCUGGUGGUGGGAAUGUAAAGCUAUUUAAUGAAAAGCUUACAUACAAUGCAAAGUCCAAAGUCGGCAGCAAAGAUAACAUCAAACACAAACCUGGUGGUGGAAAUGUCAAGAUUUAUCAUGAGCCUCGAAUGUAUAAGGAUGCAGAGUCCAAAGUCGGCAGCAAGGAUAACAUUAAACAUAAGCCCGGUGGUGGUGAUGUCAAGAUCUAUCAUGAACGACGAUCGUAUGAUGGUGCAAAAUCCAAAGUCGGCAGCAAGGAUAACAUUAAGCAUAAGCCCGGUGGUGGUGAUGUCAAGAUUUAUCAUGAGCAAAAGUCGUAUGAUGAAGCCCAAUCCAAAGUCGGUAGCAAGGACAAUAUUAAGCAUAAACCAGGUGGUGGUGAUGUCAAGAUUUAUCAUGAACAGAAGUCGUAUGAUGAAGCCCAAUCCAAAGUAGGGAGCAAGGAUAACAUUAAACACAAAGCAGGUGGUGGCGAUGUCAAGAUAUACGAUGAACCCCAGUCCUAUGAUACAGCCACAUCCAAGGUUGGAAGCAAGGACAACAUUAAACACAAGCCGGGUGGUGGUGAUGUCAAAGUAUUUGAUGAAAGGCUGUCAUAUGAGAGUGCCCAAAGCAAAGUGGGUUCAUUGGACAAUCUCAAGCAUCAGCCAGGUGGUGGCAAUGUCGAAUUGUUUGAAGAAAAGCUGAUCUUUGAUGAGAAUGCAAAACCUCGAAUCGAUGCAGGAAAUCAAAGAAAUCAAGAAGAAAAUCACUAA